AUGGAGAUCUCGACCCUGAGUGGGAGCCGCGCCAACAUUUCAAUGGAGACCCUUGAAGGGUUGGUGGGGCUCGACUGCGCGCAUAACCAAGUCCUGGUAGGGGUCAUUUCUGAGCACAUCGUGCCCGUUCUCUUCCCCGACGCUGCCAGUGAGGCGCUAGCGCUGGCCCAAGUGGUGGCAGAGCAAGAUCCCGUCUGCACUACUACAAUCGGCAGUGAGGAGAGAGGGCCAUGGGACCCAGCAAUAGAAGAGAUGGGGAGAGUCUACCGCUCUUACGAGACGCUGGAAUGGAGUGCACUCGAAAAAGGCGUGUCGAGUUGGGUAGCUGUUGUGCAAAGCGAGUUUCGUGUAGACACCGUGAGAAAACAUCUCCGCCUCUUCACGAGGGCGGAUGACGAGGACUUGGAUUGGACGAAUUCUCUCCGAAGCCGUGUUGGUCCCAAAUUAAGGUCGGCCUUGGACGAAUGGCAGGAAGUUGUGUCCGACCUGUCUGCGGACGCGCAAAUAGUGCCUACGUUGCAUCGGCUGGACACGCGUCUGCUUCCUCGGGUCGACCGAAUCGAAUUACGGAAGUGUCUCAAGAAAAAGAUUGACGUCGCGUGCGACGCCGUCAAACCUCCGUCGCUGCCACGAUAUUGCGAGUUAUUGGAUUCUGUGAAGCGCCAAGACCUCGUCGCCUUGCGGGCUCUCCAUGCAUAUGCAGAAGCGUCUCCCUUUCUAACGCGAGAAGAAUAUGAUGAGUGCGCUAAAUUUGUGGUAGAGAUGCCAGAGGAUUAUAUUUUGCGACUCCCUGAAUACAGUCUCCCUUUCCGUCAUCCUGGUAGCCCAUUGGAACUCGCGAUCUCACAGGCUGUCACGCUUUUAAACCCCUCUACGGCGAACGCGUUGGAAACGGUUUCCAUGUUGCUUACAGAAUUUCGACUAGACCCAGAAUUUCAGCACUACCCCCGAAACGAAGAACUGUGGCAGCCAUCCACUGCCUUGAACAAUGUUGUCUUCAGUGUGUCCUUCUUUCCGCGGAAAGCCGCUGCGAGGCAUGGGCUAUCCGAAGAGGAGUUCGAGAGCCAUCUUGGAGAGCUAGCUGCACUACUCCUUGAGGCGGGCGCCGACCCGUUUGAAGCGCGAGAGAUGGCGCGCCAGCGAUACGGCGGAGUGGUUCCGGGCGUCCCUGCUCAUCAGGUUUCUCACUUGCUCGAAGAGGCAUGCCGCCGACGCGAAGCGUGACUUUGCUUUUCGAUUCGUGCACGCAUCCGGAAAGUGAAAAGAUCCCGCAAGAUCGCCUGUGCUCUAUAGGAAGCCCCAAAAAAAAUAUAUCUCCUCUUGCUAUUUUGCAGAUGAUGUAACGAUGAUGGAUGUGGUCUUGAGUUUGUCUAUUGUUUCACAUGAUGUUGACUCGCUCAUGGACUUUUCUUGUCAUGUGUUUGAAUAUACCCAUGUCCUCUCAACCCCAAAUAAAGACAAGCUCAUUUAUUCAGUCUCGAUUUUUCGAGAUAAGGCGAACCUGGGGGGGGGUCGUGUUUUUGGUGAGGUUUGGAGGUUUUUCUCAGCGUGAACAUUAAUUACACCUCACACGUUCUACUAUUUUACGGAAGAAAGUCAAAUUUCAUAGCACGGAUAGAUCUUAUCACGACAGAGAAUGAACGACCACUACUUCGGAAAACUACGAUCAACAACACGAGAGUUCUGUCGCAGGUAGAAGCUGUGGUGGACACUUAAGGAUGUGACUCACAGCUGCAGGAUCAAUUCAUAGAACCUUCUCUCUCUGUGAUUGCAAUUCUCGAUAAUGCAAUCGAUCGAUGAUCCUUUACAAGAUGCGCACAUGCAUAUGCAGACACGACGAAGUUUCAAAACUCUCAGCUGCUAU